AGGAGCUCAAAUGCACACCCACGACUUGUGCGCACACACGCACCCUCGUCCUCUCUCUUUCUCUCCAAUGCACACGUUUCGUGCAAGCUACAAAGCAGCUGACCCUACAACAAAAGCUGCACACUGCACAGAGGAGAGUGGGGUGAAAGGAGAAGAGAAGUGACAGCUCUUAGUCAGUUAGCCGUGUGCGUGUGACUAACUCUCCUGGAAAAAGUCUGCAUGACAGGCGCAGUGAGAGGACAAGACAAAAAACUACAAGACAAAAAAUGAAAAUAUUUGCAACAACAAAGCAAGGGUAGGAUUGCUGCCGGAUGUAGUCAACAGCGAGAGGAGUUAAGUUUGCACAGACGGAUCCAUGGAGACAAGACGCUGGAGGCUCUACUCUGUGAAAAGCUCUUCUUUGCCCAAUUUCUAAAAAGCUCAGACAAGAGUCAGCAGUGCCCUUUCACCAUUUUUAAAGACAGCGUGCUGUGAAUGCCAUGCCUCUGUUCAGCUGGAUGAAAUGGUCGCAUGAGACAAGAGUGCAGGCUCAGGAUGAAACACCAUCUCUGAAAAUCUCAGGGGGGUUACCCAGCCGCAUGCUGAUCACAGAGCUCCUGUGGCAUGUGGAAGAGCGCGAGCGGCUGGCGAGAGAACUGGAGCGUGAGCAUAGGAUGGCUCACAGCACUCUGGGUCUCCACUGGUUUCAAAAGUACCCCAGGUUGCGGACCCUCAUCCCCUCAUCAGAACUACAACAGCUGGAGUUCUUGUGUGCCCAGAUCCCAUCUAUCCAAGCAGCCACCGUCCUCUCCAGGUUUCGUGAGGUGCUUGCCACUAACAACAUACGACCCUGGGAGCUGGCAUCUGUGUUUAAGCAAAUACUAAAGGACUUCCUGAGCCAAAAGGGAUACGAUGAAGAGGAUGAUCUCUCAGUGCAGCCGGUGCAGUUCCAACCCAUGGAGGCUUGGACCAGCCGGUACAAAAUGAAGCAGGGGUUUGUCACACCCACAGUCCCCAACUGUGGCGACCAUCCAAGGGAAGAGAUCCCUACGGUCUCUGGAUACGUGGAUCGGGUCAUGCGGCACUCUGGUUCAUUCACAGCCCACAGGGACUGGGACCUUCCAUAUUAUUAUCCAGUACCUCUCAGGCCCAAAGGUGCUUACAGCACCACACUGUGAAAGGACAACUCUUUAACCAUCUGCAACCAACAGCAUGGAGACCAAAUCGCAAUAUACAUCUUAGAUAUAGACAUUUCAUAGCUUUAUCAAAACGUGAAAUAGCACUAGGCUAGGUGUUAUAUGUACUCAAAUAUUUAAUAGCAAUAACUAAUUCUUAUCCCUACUUCACAGCCUGAAUUGUUUAGUUACUCCUUAUCUUAAACCUUCAAUUGUACAGCUGGAGAUGCAUUUCAAGAACCUGGAGAGAUUUUAAUAGUAAAAGCACUAUAUGCCUUUUUGGCUUUUGGGUAAGUGACAAACUGACUGAGUUUGUCAAUUUGUGGUAGCUCAUUAAGACCUCAAAAUGUCCAGCUUUUGGAGUGAAUACAUGUGUAAAAACAUGACUGGCUCACAUAUAGUUAAUGCAAAGAUGUAAAGACUCCACGUUACCUUAUCUUACACAAGUCAGUCAAUUUUCCUGUUAUUGCUGGCCAAAACCUCUUGGGGUGGCAAACAUUUUUAUAUGCAGGAAAAACCCUGGAAAUUUGAGUGAGCACUCUUUAAUGUAAAUGUUUCAGACUGAAAAAUAAAAAGACAUUGAACUAAACAUUUUAUAUAGAUUAGGGAGAACUCACCUUGAUUUGUGUAGGACUUGUUUUUGUUGUUGUUCUUAUGCAUCAGUGUUUGACUUCUUAUUGGGAGUCCUAAAUCCCUUGACAAACAGCAGCUAUUGUUCUGUGCUACAGUUAAGACACCCUUCAGGAAGAAGUGUAGCGAUGCACUAUUUGAUGGUCAUUAAACUCCAUCAACCAACUUGAAAGACAGAUCAACAUGUAAAUGGUAAUAAAUUGUAUGUUUUCCAUUUAGCCUAUCAUUAUACUAUUGGACAAAAACAAUAUUAUUAAGUUGUUGCAACAUCCACCCUUAUAAUAUUAGGUCAGUGGUGGGGAACUCCAGCCCUCAAGGGCCGGUGUCCGGCAGGUUUGAGAUAUCACCCUGGGUCAAUACACCUGAAUCAAAACUGGUUCAUUACCAGGCUUCUCGAGAACUUCAAGACAUCUCGGGCAACUCGACUUGUGUGAAGUGUUUUCAGCUGGGCGUCGUGUACCUGGAGUCAAGUGUUUUGACCGAUCCAUGAAACUAUAUAUAUUUUUAGACACAAGUUGUAACGGCCGCCAUUUUCUUUGUAAGAACUUAUUACAUGGCGUGCUGCAGGGAAAAGUCUGUUCUAACAUUUAAGUCUAAGGUUUAUUUUGAGCACCUGAUGGCUCUUUUAUGCUUCUCAACUCUCUCACGUGAUUAUUGCAUAGGUGGUAGAAGAGGUUUGUCAUGCUUGAGUCUGUGGUGGGGACCUGUUUGCGGUAUUAUUAGCAUAGUACAGUUUUCUGGUCCAUGUCAGACUUUUCAUAACCAAACUAUGUCCAUGCUACAGAGUUAGCCCCUUGUUUAGGAAUAAGAUCCUCAAUUAGUUUUGACUGUUCCUUCUGUUUGGAGCUACCUGGUUCUGCCUCAUUAUUACUGUCCAUGCUGGCAUUCUCUGUGCCUGCAUGGUCUUCCAAAUGCUGAAAAAAUAUCGCACAGCUCAAGUUGAGGAGGCAAGUUAGCCACUUGAAUCAGCUAUGUUGGAUCAAGGACACAUCUAAAACCUGCAGGACACCGGCCCUUGAGGCCUGGAGUUCACCCACCCCUGUAUUAGGUGAUCUAGUGUAAGAUUUUAAGAGGAAUCUGGUAGCUUUGGUAGGGCAAAUAUUUUAAUUUACAUUUCUUAAAACAGUGUGCAUUUGCUUGGUUGACACUGGAAAUUUUUGUGAACCUUAUCUCAAUCUGAAUACCUUAAAGAAAAGACCAUUGGCAGUGUAAAAACAAAGGUUAAAAGACAUUCAGAUUCGAGGUUUUAGGAAAACCAUACAAAAACGUGCAGCUGUAUAGAUUAAACUAUUAAAAUAUUCCCCCCGUUUGUUUUCAAAAACCAGAACUACAGCUCCGAAAUAAUUUGUGUUAAUUUUGGUCAUUACGCAUUUACCCAUUACGCUGACAUUUAAGCAUGCCUGCAAUACGAUUUCUUCUAUUUGAACUUCACUUUCCAAUACUUGCUGUCAAGCUGAGACAUGAUGUAUAUGUCCGCCAACGACUUAAAACAAUUGACAAGUUAAAAGCAAUUUAACGGUAUCACUUUGAGCUGCUAAAUCUAGCAACAACAACAAAACCAUACGCCGUUAAUUUUUCUAAAAAUAUUUAACUGUCUAACACCUGAAUGCAGAGCUAGACCAUGCUAGCAUGCUAGUUAGCUUAGGGUCAACCGCGUUUACGCUA